CCCUUUUCACAGAAAGAGAGAGGGAGAGAAAGGAACGGGCGAUAGAUCGAGCGCGAUAUGGAGAAGGGAGAGUCGAGAACGGAGAAGCUUCCGGAGCUCUGCAUCGUACACGCCAUUUCCCUUACCUCGCCCCGGGUGGCGUCCCGCUUAUCCGCCGUCUCGACCACCUUCCGCGCCGCCGCCACCUCUGACACCGUCUGGGACCGCUUCCUGCCCUCCGAUUGGCAGUCGCUUGUCUCCCGCGCUGUCCAUCCCGUCGACUUCUCCUCCUUUUCCUCCAAGCGGGAUAUCUUCUUCCGCCUCUGCGAUCCCAUCCUCAUCGACGACGGCAAGAUGAGUUUCUCACUGGACAGAUCGAGCGGGGCCAAGUGCUACGUACUCUCCGCUAGGAAGCUGUCCAUUACGUGGGCAGAUGCUCCCUGGUAUUGGAAGUGGCGUUGUCUACCUGAAUCCAGGUUUGCGGACGUUGCUGAACUGCUCGACGUAUACUGGUUGGAGAUUCGUGGCAAGAUCGAAAGUAGAAUGCUUUCUCAGAAAACAGCCUAUGCUGCCUAUCUCAUCUACCGUACCUCUGAUGAGGCAUAUGGUCUCACCAAUCCAUCCCAAGAAGCAUCAGUGAAGGUUGGAGUGUAUACGUCGACGAAACUGGUGUGUUUGCUGCCUAUAGACAUACUCAGCGAAAGUGAUGCCCAUAGGGCCAGUCCUUCGUAUAAGUAUCAAAUAUGCUGCUGCUGCGAAGACUCAGAGGAAGCCGAAGAAGAGGAUGGAGACUCAGAGGAAGCCGAAGAAGUAGAUGGAGACUCAGAGGAAGCCGAAGAAGUAGAUGGAGACUCAGAGGAAGCCGAAGAAGAGGAUGGAGACUCAGAGGAAGCCGAAGAAGUAGACGAAGAAGUAGAUGGAGACUCAGAGGAAGCCGAAGAAGUAGAUGGAGACUCAGAGGAAGCCGAAGAAGUGGAUGGAGCCCCCAAGGCAAGGAACGAUGACUGGAUGGAACUGGAGCUGGGUGAAUUCUACACCGACGAAGGAGAUGAUGGGGAGGUUAACAUAAGCUUGUUGGAGGUGAAGGGAAACUACUUGAAGAGUGGUCUGAUCAUAGAGGGAAUCGAAAUAAGGCCUAAACAGUAGGUGAAAUCUUCGAGUGAUCAUAAAAAAUUUGUCUAUUUGUUUUCACUUUUGAUGAUCAAGAAGAUAUGUUGGAGGUUAAGUUUGCAA